UUUUAAAAAACCGCCACCGUGUUAUGGGCAUGCGCAACUGCCUCCACGGCAAUAAUAUGUCAGGACAACACGAUAUCCCCCCUGAAGUCGGGGAGCAGCCCGAGCAAGAACCUUUGGAGGCCCCAGGGGCAGCUGCCCCCGGUGCUGGGCCUGGCCCAGCCGAAGAAAUGGAGACCGAACCGUCUAACAAUGAGCCCGUCCCCGACGAGACUGGCACUGAGGUCGGUGGACCCCCUGAAGUCUCCAGAUCUGACCUCCAGAGCCUUAGCCAGGCCUUCGAGGAAGUCCGAGUGGGUGGAGAUUACAGCCCACCUCCGGAGGAAGCCAUGCCAUUCGAGACCCAACAGCCCAGCCUGGGAGAUUUCUGGCCCACCCUGGAGCAGCCUGGAACAUCUGGGACCCAGGCAGGCCUCAAAGCCUUCAACUCAGCGCUUUUGGAGCCCGGGCCCCCCAGUGGUUCGAACCCAUGUCUGGGAGACUACAGCCCCCCACCAGAAGAAGCUAUGCCAUUUGAGUUCAAUGAGUCUGCCCAAGGAAGCUGUAGCCAGCCUCUCCUCCAAAUCCCAGACCUUGCUCCAGGAGGUCCGGAGGCAGGGGUCCCCAGAGCUCUUCCCGCGGAGCCCGGCAACCUCAGAUUUGCAAACGCUAGCAUCCGAGAAGACUACAGCCCUCCACCUGAAGAAUCUAUGCCAUUUGGGCUUGAGGGAGAAGAAUUUGGGGGCGAUAGCCCACCCCCAGGACUCCCGCGAGUCAUCCCUCAAAUCGGCAUUGGCGGCGUGUUCCCGGCAGUCGCGGUCCCGAGUGCGCUCUGCCUCGCUCCCGCCGCGAACGCGCCUCCCCUCUGGGUCCAAGACGCCAUUGACAGACCAUUCAGCGAGGCUGUCAGAUCUCCUCCUAACUUCGCAUGCGACAGCCCCCCGAUGGAGAUCUCCAGACCCCUGCUUGAGAUUGGCAGAGCCUCCAUUGGGGUCGACGACGACACCACUGUCAAUAUGGACAGCCCCCCAAUCGCAAGUGAUGGCCCGCCCAUCGAAGUCUCCGGAGCCCCAGAUAAGAGCCAGCGCGCAGAGAGACCCCCAGUUGAGCGAGAAGCAGCCGAGAUGGAAGGAAGCCCUAUCACCGCAGCUGCGGUGGAAGGAAAAGUCCCCUCUCCGGGGAGAGGGGACGGAUCCUCCACCCAGCCAGAAGCAAUGGAUGCCAGGCCAGCCCCUGCUGCCCAAGCCGUCGCUACCGAAUCUGAUGCCGGCGGAGCUCCUCUGGCCCCAGCAACAACCGAAGAUCUCCAAACCGAUCCUGAAGAAGUCGGAGCAGCCACUGCUAUCCGCCCUGAACCUGACGGAGGGGCAGCCGCGGUCGACCCAGCCACCCCUGCCGAGUCCGAAGGCAACAGAGAUCCAGCCGCUGAGCCAGCCUCCGAGGCAGUCCCUGCCACCAAGGCCGAGUCUGCCUCCGGGGCAGCCCCCGUCACCCAGGUGGAGCCCGCAGCCGCGGCAGUCUCUGCCACCCCGGCGGAGCCUGCCGCCCGGGCUGCUCCUGUCACCCCUACGGAGCCCACUACCCGGCCAAUCCCCACUGCCAGAGCCCAUCCGGCCGCCGGGGCAGUCCCUGGUGCCCCAGCGAUGCCAGCCUCUGCUAGGGCAGCUGCCGCUAGGGCAGCCUAUGCAGGUCCCUUGGUCUGGGGAGCCAGGUCACUCUCUGCUACUCCCGCCGCCCGGGCAUCCCUUCCUGCCCGCGCAGCUGCCGCCGCCCGGGCAGCCUCUGCUGCCCGGGCAGUCACUGCCGGCCGGUCAGCCACUGCCGCCCCAAGCAGAGCCCAUCUUAGACCCCCCAGCCCCGAGAUCCAGGUUGCUGAUCCGCCUACUCCGCGGCCUCCUCCGAGGCCGACUGCCUGGCCUGAGAAGUACGAGCGAGGCCGAAGCUGCUGCAGGUACGAGGCGUCGUCAGUCAUCUGCGAGAUCGACUCCUCUAGUGAUGAGUCGGAAGAAGGGGCCACCGGCUGCUUCCAGUGGCUUCUGCGGCGAAACCGCCGCCCUGGCCAGCCCCGGAGCCACACAGUUGGGAGCAACCCUGUCCGCAACUUCUUCGCCAGAACCUUCGGAAGGUGCUUCGGUCUAUCCGAGAGUUCCCGAUCACGAUCCCUCAGCCCGGGGAAGGCCAGGGAUCUCAUGGAGGAGAGGCGCAAACAGAUGCGCAAAGAAGCCAUUGAGAUGCGAGAGCAGAAGCGCGCAGAUAAGAAACGCAGCAAGCUCAUCGACAAGCAACUGGAGGAGGAGAAGAUGGACUACAUGUGUACGCACCGCCUGCUGCUUCUAGGGAGAAAAGUGGUGCCGAGCGACACUGAGGGUCGUUACCGGCCGGAGGCCAGCGCCAGCGCCAGCGAUCGUAGGCUGGACAGGCGGGGGCGUGAGGUGAGCCAGGAACUGCUGGGGAGGGCCCUUCGGGGCUCCCCCGGCUCGAUUGUUCGUGACCGCGGUGGGCUAGGGCCAUCGGGGUGCGCGCCCCCGCCUCGCCUGGCACGGCUGCUUCGACUCAGACAGCUUGUUGUUGGUGUGUGUUGGUGUCCAUUUUCUGUGUUCGCCUGUGCAUGACAUGCUCAGUGUGUCCCAGUUUCCAUCCCUGGCACCUUCAAUGUACCCGCCGAUGUGUAUUUGUACUCUGAAAUGGGCUGUCUUGUGAUUUGCGCCAUGGCGCGAGCAAAACUUUCCGUGUUGGCACACUCUGUGAUACCUGUGCGCUGACUCUCUGCAGCGAGCAGAGGGAAAAACGCGCAGGGAAGGUGGUGGGGCAUCCUGGGUAAUCUGCUGGGCUAUUGGCUGUGGAGGGAGCGGGGUUGAGGGAAGAGGAGUGGGGCCGCAGCCGCGGGCCUCCAUAACCUUUUUCCCUGUAUGUCUCUCUUUUUCUUUUUCCCUUUGCGCUAAGCGUUUCCUCACUUGUCAAUUCGUACGUCAAACCCUCCCGCCUUAACGGUUGAAAAACCAGACACUCAGGUAUCUGGGGCUUUGGGGUUGUUCAUAACAUCUGUAUUUUGUAUUCUGCACACACACACACACACACACACACACACACACACACACACACACACACACACA